GGCUGGAGGGGGAGAGGGGCCGGCGUGGAGGGCCCCCCAGGUCUUGAGGGAGGGAGGCCACCCUAGGGAUGGAGGGGAUGUAAACACAAGCAGCUCCCUGGACCAUGUGGACACAAGACAACACUCCCGAAAUAAUGCUGGAAGCAGAAACCAUUCAAGAUGAAAACAAAUUUGAGGAAAACGUUAAAAAGAAAAGAUCAAGGCGGAGGAGACGAGGAAGGAACCCGGCAGAAGAUUCUACAUCUGGACCCAGCACUCUUCAGCCCACUGCUACAGAUGUGAAGAGUGAAUUACCCUUACAAAAUGAAGAAGAAAACAAAUUAGAAGGACAUGUUAAAAAGAAAAGAUCGAGGAGGAGGAGAAGAGGAAAGUACCCGACAGAGGAUUCUACAACACCAGGACCCGCUCAAGAUCAAAGUAUCAUUAGCGUUGAGGGAAAUAAAGAUGGUUGCUUGACUGAGAUAUCUGCGUCAAGUAACACUGAUGGCAUUAGUGCAGUGAGUUCUGCAAUAAAUACUAAUGAUGAAAACAGUAUAGUGAAGUCUAGUAACACCGAAAAGAAAAAGAGAAGAAGGAAUAGAAGGAAAAGACCUAUGAGCUCUCAGGGCGGAGGAGAUAAUGAGUUGGCACUUGAGAAUGUAGGAAGUUCACAAUUGGUUAAUGAAGGCAACUUAAAUGUUGAAGGUAUUGGCAAUGGUAAAAUUGAGGUAAAAGAUUUUGAUGACAUAGAUGGAAAUAGUGGAGCAGGCUGUGCUUCAGUAGCUACUGAUGCAGGAGAACAAAGUUUAGUUAUGUCUAGUAGCACAGAAAGGAAAAAAAGGAGGAGGAGGAAUAAAAGAAGAAGGGCUUCAGCUUCCCAGGGCAAUGGAGAAGUUGAAACACAAUCUACAAAUGAUGUUAAUUCAAAUAUGACUAAUUUGGAUGGUGUGAAUGCUACACAUGAUACCAGUUUGAAUAUCAAUAAUUUUGAUGGUAUACAGUCGAUAAAUGUCGUAAAUUCCACAAUGAUUAAUAUGGAUGGUAUGCAGAAUGUAGGUGCAAUUAAUAGUGAAUGUAACUUAAAUGUGAGCACUGCGGAUGGUAUGGAAGUGCAGGAGAGGAGACGGGCCAAGAGGAGGAACAGAAAGCGCAAUAAAAAAAGAGCAUCCACUACUGAAGGUGAUGAUGUUGCUCAGAUGUCAGAGACGGUAGCCAGUAUUGAGCCUACUAUUGUCAGUGAUCAACCUGCAAAAAAAAGGAGAAGAAAGAGAAAGAGAAAUAAUUCAGUGCCUGUGGAUAUGGCAGAAGCCGCAAAUGUCACAAACGAAGAAAAUGCAGAAAUUAGUGAUGGUAAUAUGAAGAAAAUAAAACUAUCUCCAAAUGAUGAUGUAUUACCCACUGAGGAAAAUAUUGGAGGAUCUGUUUCAAGUCAGCAAAAGAAAAACAAAAGAAAUAGGAAUAGAAGGAGAAGAGCCAAAAAGGAUUUUAAAGAUAAACAAGAUAAUAAUGCAGAGUCGAUUAUUGACUCGCAGGAAAAUGGAGAUGGAAUUCUUAAGGCUGCUGACAGUGAUCUAAAAGAUGGAGAAGAAACUAGUGGUAAGUUUAAUACUGAGGGGGAUAUGGAUGAUACUAAAGAUGAAUGUUGUACCACUCAACCUUUGCAGCAGGCUAAUAAUAACCAGACAAAUAAAAGGAAGAGAAAAAGAAACAGAAGGAGAAAGGGGAAGCAGAGUGUGGUGGAGAGUGAGAGUGAUGCACAGACACCAGGUGUAACACACACGGGCGAGACUCCACACAAUGGUACAGAGUCGGCUCACCUCUCGGAGGAGGGUAUUUCCCGAGUAUUUGAUGAAGAGUUUGAUAGUCCAGCUGUUAAGAAAAUGAGGAAAGAUGACCAGAUAAGCACAAGCAUUAUAAAUGGAAGUGCGGCCCCUGCUACUGUGGAACUUGCAGCAGUGUAUGCCGAUGAAGAAUAUAAAAAUAAAAUAAAGAAACAUUGGAGUGAAGGCAAAGGACAGUUUUGUGAAGGUAAAUACUAGUAUAGUAU